AUGGAAAUUCUUCAAUUAAAUUUAAGUCUCAUUAAAGACGAUCUUAAAAUGUUAAACUACAUUCAAUGCAACCUAAUACUUGACAUUCUAAGAAAUGAGUACAAUAAAGAAAUUCCUGAUGAUGACGAAAAAAUAAUUUUGAUUGCCAGAAGAAUUCCAAUAAAAGCUGCUAUUGGUAUGGAUAUUAGCAAAGACAUUGGAUUUGUAGCUGCUAAUUAUAUCAAAAAUGGAUUUGCUGCAUGCAAUGAACUUGAUCUUGAAUUUAUCGAACAAAUUUACUCGCAUCCUUACCUCAAAAUCAUGACAGAAGACUCUCUUUUAGAUGAUAUAUUCAAAAUAAUCGAGAAAUACGGUCGUAAAGCAUAUCAUUUUAUGGAUUUUAUCAGAAUUUACAUGCUUAAACCGGAAGGGCUUUUUAAAUACGCCGAUUUCACAUCAAAACAUAAAAUCUCUCAAAAGAUGGUUGAAAAUUUACUAUAUGCUUAUAGUAUUGAUGAGAAAAACUGUCCAUUUGAUUAUAAUCGCUAUAAAACUUCAGAACUCAUUCUUGGAAAGAUCGCAAUGUUAAAUAGUUCUAAAUAUCAAAAUGGAAUGCUAUUUGAUACUCCACAUGGCUUAUUUGAGUAUUUUAGAAUGAAAUACGAUAAUCCACCAGUAGAAGUCACUUCAAGUUCAUAUACAAGUGCUGCACCAUCAGUAGUUAUUGCUCCUGAAGCAUUGCCAGGCCACUGGGUCUCGAAUAAAGAAGAAAACAGUUGGAUUGAAUUUGAAUUCAAGAAUGGAUCGUUUAUGCUUUCAAAAUAUAUGUUUGUAAGCCAUGAUGGUCCUUCAUACUGUAAAAGUUGGAAAGUUGAAGCGUAUAAUCCAGAACUUGGAAAAUAUGUUAUUAUUUCUCAAGUAAAAGAUGAAAAAGGACUUUGCUUCAAACGAUCGAAGAAGGUUUUCAGUGUUGAUGAUUCUAAUAUCAUUGCAACAAAGAUAAGAAUCACAUUAACUGGAAAAUCUUCAAAUGAUGACUACAGAUUCUGUCUAAGACGCGUUGAAUUCUUCGGAAAGUAUUUUGAAUAA